AUGGAGUCUCUGCUAGACGCUCAAGUUCCCUCGUCUUGCGGGGCAGAGGCAGAGACUGCGUACCCGGUAGGACAGAAGACACCAGGAUGGCACCCUUCGUCUUCCGCUGGGGCAAGACACAGACAUUCUUCUGUCUUCAGAGACGAGGACGCAGAAAAGGCCUCACCUGUUUCUCCCUCCUGCUCUUCGGCCGCAGCUUGUCCUGCUGAGUGUGGAGAGAUCGGAGGCCGCGAGGAAGCAGCUGCUUCCGUCUGUACUCCUCAGCCGGAGGCAUCUGCUUUGUCCUCUGCUAAGAAGCAAGAGGGGAAGAAUAGAGUCUCGCACAGGAGAGGAGGCGCGCGACCCUCCAGCGAGACAGAGUGGAGAGGCUGCUGUGUUCAGCCUGAGGCAGCCUGCCGGGAGGGAAGCAACGACGGAGAUAUGAGGACGGUGGAAGAAGAACUGGCAGUCCCCGAAGAAGAAGAGAGGGGAGAGAGAAGGUUCUUCUCGUCUGCUUGUGGGGAGGACCCUCCCGCUUUCGAAGUGAGUCUGGAAAUGUCUUUUCCGAGCGACCAGCCCUGCCGCGGUUCGAGCGCGAGAAACGCGUUCGGCGUUUUCACGAUGUGCGAGGAAGGAACAGAGACACAGGACAGGAGCGGCGAGAGGCAUGCGUCUCGACUUUUGCGGCUCGCAAAAGCUGCGGCUCUUCCUGUGGCCGUGCGAGACACGACGAUGAGUCUGACUCUCGUGAAUACUCCUGGCGGUAGGCCUUCUGCGCCUGCGUCGCUUUUCACCACUCACACCCCAGGGCGGCUUGUGCAGACUGUUCCCCAGAGCAUCGGCGAGGCUGCAAGCUCUUCUUCAUGCGGAUCGCUUUCCGCAUCUGCCCUCCCGAUUCCGUCUCGUUCCUCUCCCCUCGGAGCGAGCGACAACGUCUCGCUGGCCUGCCCGAGAAGCGAGAAACUCGCAGGUUGUGGGCCUCCUCCCUUCUCGCGCGCUGCUGCUCUCUCCCUCGCUCAGUCUUGUCGCGGCUUCGCUCCUUCGCCGCGAGAGGCAGCGGAGACAGCAGAGACUCGAAGCGCUUCGGAGGGAUGCUUCUCGCGACUUUUCUUCUUCUCGGCUGUCUCCUCGCGGGCGCGGUGGAGAAACAAGGAAGAGUACAUUUUAACGAGCGUGUGUUAUGGCCUAGGACUCGGAAACCUCUGGAGGUUUCCCUACUUGUGCUACGCAAACGGCGCCGGGGCGUUCUUGAUUGCCUAUUUUGUAUCUCUGCUUCUCGUCGGCUUCCCCAUGUUCCUUCUGGAGUCGGUUGUCGGCCAGAAGACCCAGGAAGGAUCGGUCCGAGCGUGGAAGUCGAUUUCUCCGGUCUUCGCUGGAAUCGGCUUGAGCUCAGUUUGCCUCGCCCUCGUCUGCGCCGUCUACUAUAACGUUGUUCUCUCGUGGGCGUUCUUCUUCUUCUUCCACUCCUUCUCCACCUCCGUCCCCUGGAUCGACUCGCAUGCCUUAAAUGCUGUCGACGCGGUCAAAAAAUUCUUCCUCGUCGACUGCCUCCAGAAAAGCGAAAGCAUAAGUGGAGGGGCACCGGCAGGCCUCUCUGUCGAGUUCAACUUCCACUUGCUUCUCUGCCUCUUCGUCGCAUGGCUUCUCUCCUUCCUGACUCUCUGGAGAAGUCUCCGCCCAACAGGCAAAGCAGUCCUCUUCACCUCAGCUGUUCCCUGCGUUGGUCUUCUCCUCAUGGUCGGACGCGGUCUCUCCCUCCCAGGCUCAAGCGCCGGACUUCGGUACUAUUUUUCUCCGCAGUGGCACUUGCUUCUCGAACCUCGCACUUGGGCCGUUGCGGGGUCGCAGGUUUUCUUCAGCCUCGGCAUUGCUUGGGGAUCUCUGGUCAACUACGCUUCCUUCAAUUCAGUGAAAAACAACUUUGUCACAGACGCCAUUGUGGUGACGAGCAUCAGCGCGCUGACGGCCUUCCUCGCUGGCCUCGGUGUCUUCGCUGUCAUCGGUCACAUGGCCGAGGUGUCGAGACAGCCCAUCGAGGAGGUGGCGCGCGUCGGAAGCGGAGUCGUCUUCGUAGCGUAUCCCUUCGCUCUGAGCACUUUGCCAGGCGCAGCGUUUUUUUCCGUCUGCUUCUUCGCGCUCUUCAUUUGUCUCGGCUUGAACAGCCAGUUCGCGAUGCUGGAGGUGAUUAUGACAGCUUGGAUCGAAGCGGCGCUUUUCCGCGCCUUGCCAAAGUCAGUCCUCGCACUGCUUCUUUCACUUCCUCUCUUUCUCCUCGGAAUCGUCUUCGUCUCCCCCGUAGGCAUUUACUGGGUGGAUCUCCUCGAUACUUUUGCCGGAACGGUGUCGCUCUCUCUCGUCGCUCUAUGCGAAGUCUUGGCAGUCGUUCUCCACUGCGACAUCCAGAAGCUCGAUCCUCAGCUUCAGGCGCUUGCGCCCUCUUCCACGCCCUCAUCUGCCGUGGUGUCGCUCCUGCCCUCGGCCCGUCCGGCGUUCUUGCCGGCUUCCCCAGAACGUCUCCCUCUCCCCCCGCUGCAGCUGCCCAACGCAGAACACAAAGACCGGAGACGGAGCGAAUCCCGAGCAGACGCUCGCGGUCCUCUCCUCGCGUCUUGCAACUCCCCGCAGAAGGCGAAAUCCUCUGCCUCGCUCCAAGCGUCUCUCCCCAGACCAGGGCGUCCUUCCUCAGCCGACAGUUCGCAGCCUCCUUCUUCGCCUUGCAUGCAGGAGUCGACCGAGGAGGAGACUCCCCCGAGACGGGAAGCAGAGCCGGACGUCUUCUCUCUCUUCCUUGUUGCCUCCCCCCAUCUGCGCCGGUACUUCACUGUUCUGCUCCCCGUCCUUCUUCUCCUUCUCACGCUGUGUGGUAUCGACUGGUUUGCCUCGCCUUCUUCUCCGCAGUCCGGUCUGGGUCAGCGCCAGAGACAUGACCGAGGCGUCGGGUGUCUAGGCACCCCCGUCGCAUGCAGUGGACAUGGCAAAUGCGUCCUGUGUGGCGAAGAGGUCGCCAGAUUCGCGCUCGCAGCCACAGAUGCAGAGACAGAAACAGGAGAGGAAGGAGCCAGUCGCGUGGAACUUCAGCCUUUGGAGACAAAGUCGAAGGAAACCGCGACUGGGGGAGAUGACCAAUUCGGCCUGCGUACCGCUACGGGGAACACCGGCAAAGCCUCAAACGCUGAGAAUUCUGAAGCUGAGGAAACGAAAUUUGAGGCUGGAAAGAUUUGCGUUUCUGGGAGCUGUGAAACAGAACGAGAGAAAUCUUCUCCCGAACCUUCUAAGAAUGCCGGGGCCUCCGCGGAGGUUGCCACAGCUUUGCCCGAGUCAACGUCUUUCUCUUCAGAGUCGUCUCCUCCUGCUUCUCCCUCUUCGCUUCCUCCUUCUUCGUCUCCUCCUCCCUCUUCGUCUUCUGCUUCUGGAGCUUCUUUGUCGAGUUCAGCUUCUCCGGAGGCUUCCUCGCCUGUUGCUUCAGACGAGGCCUCUAGUCGGGGUGGAGAAAUCACAUCGGCAGGAGAAGAUCCUCGCUCUACGGAACAAGAGGCGCGACGGCUGAGCAGCGAGACAGAAGGCAGUGAGGAAGGAGAAGAAGGAAAAGCGCAUCAGUCCUUGUCUCAAACAUCUUUGUCGCAUGUUGCAUCGCAGAUGAGGUCCGGGCCAUCACCGAGAAAUCUCAAUCGAGGAAGGCGCCUUGCUGCUUCUCACGAACUGCCUUUCUCCCCGGCAUCUGAGCAGACUCCAUCGUCAAUACCUCCGUCUUCCUUCCUGAAGCAGAUCCCUCCCUCACCGUUACGAGAUUUUUCCUCACCUACUCCUCCCUCGUCGGAUUCUAACUCAUCGGCUUCGUCUCCAUCGGCAUCUUCUCCCUUGCGAAAUUCUCCUGCAUCUUCUUCUGGCUCUUCUUCUCCUCCGUCUCCUUCUCCGACCUCGACUCUCCCUCCUUCAUCUCAGAUUGCUUCCCCUUCGUCUCCUCCUUCUCCUUCUCUUCGUUCUCCUCCUUCUCUUCCUUCUCCUCCUUCUCUUCCUUCUCCUCCAAUUUCUGCUUCUUCUUCUGUCUCUGAUUGGCCUGUUCUUCCUGCUCUGUCUUCUUCGCUUUCUGCACCGUCUUCUGCCAACUGCGUGGACUUCAGCCUGUGUUUCUGUCUCCCGGGAUGGGGUGGGUCGGACUGCAGCUCUCGCCUUCCGUCUGAGGAGCGGUGGUGCCCGGAGAACUGCAACGCCGACCGAGGCCACGGCGCAUGCAACACAAGGACAGGCCUCUGUGCAUGCGCCACUGAAUUUCGAGGACCGUCCUGUCGAGGCUGGCGGUACGCCGACGGCUGGCCGGACUGGAGUCUCCUCCUCGGAUGGCUGAUUGCCUUGGGGACUGUCUUCCCAGUUCCGCUAGUCAUGCUCGCGAAAACGCUGCGGAAACGCAUGGCGGAUCGCCUAGACCGCCCGCGCACCGAGCCAGAAGAUCCCUGCCCGGCAAGAGCUGCAGAGAGAACUGAAGUUGUCCUCUUGGGGACUCCUGUCGCGGCGAAUGCAGUUGGAGCAGGUCCGCGCGGCGGCAGACACACGCCGGCGCCGGCGCUACGCGGAGACGGCGGAGAAAGAGUCCGGAAAGGAGUUCCAGACAGCAUCUCAGCAACCAGCAAAGAGCGCCAGUCCGCUGCUGCCUGGCCUGGACGGUGCCUCAUCGGAAAACCAGUUCUCGAAGGGAACGACGCAGUCCUUCCAGACGUUAAAGGCGGGGACAAGUCUCCGACUCAACCGAGGCAGUGA